AUGGCGGAUCCUUCCGGAGAACCCCCGCCCGAGGCUCAGGCGUCCCCCCUGUCAGGGCAAAGCUCCGAGCAGCUAGACCUGGGGCCCGGCCAGGAGUCCCCACCUGUCCAGGGGCCGUACCAGCCCACUCAGCCCGGCCAGGGGACCCCACCUGCCCAGGGGCCGUACCAGCCCACNUCUGAUAGCCCUCUACCCAAUGUGAUGGAGACAGCCUUCUAUUUUGAACAGGCUGGAGUCGGCUUGAGCAUGGAUGAAAACUACCACAUAUUCCUUGCCCUCAAGCAGCUCGUCAGCAUGCAGCCAAUUCAGACAUGUCGCUUCUGGGGCAAGAUCUUGGGCUUGGAGAUGAACUAUAUUGUGGCUGAAGUGGAGUACCGUGAGGGGGAAGAGGAGGAGGAGACAGAGGAGGAAGAAGUAAUUGAGGAGGGGGGGAAAGAGGGGAGUGAGGACAAAGAUGAAGAAGAAGAUGAGGAGAAAGAAGAUGAGCCACCAAAGUCCACCUAUAAGUCCCCACCAGUGGUCCCAAAAGAAGAAAACCGGACUGGCACCAAUAAGUUUAUCUAUUUUGUCUGUAAUGAGCCAGGCAAACCCUGGGUGAAGUUACCUCCAGUGACACCAGUGCAAAUUGUGGCUGCCAGGAAAAUCAAGAAGUUCUUCACUGGAAGGCUGGAUGCUCCUAUUGUGAGCUAUCCACCUUUCCCAGGGAAUGAGGCCAAUUACCUGCGUGCUCAGAUUGCCCGGAUCUCAGCAGGGACCCAGAUCAGCCCACUGGGGUUCUACCAGUUUGGAGAGGAGGAAGGAGAUGAAGAGGAGGAGGGGGGAGCAGGAAGAGACACAUAUGAAGAAAAUCCUGACUUUGAGACCAUUAGUGUGAUGGAACUUGUGGAUUCCCUUUCCAACUGGGUGCAUCAUGUACAGAAUAUUCUAAUGCAGGGCCGCUGUUCCUGGAUUAACCCCUCUCAAAAGUCAGAGGAAGAAGAAGAAGAAGGUGAGGAGGAAGAAAAAGCAGAAGAGCCAGAUGAACCACAGCCAGAAGUGGGACCCCCUCUUCUGACUCCACUCUCUGAAGAUGCAGAAAUUCAGAACAUCCCUCCUUGGACAUCUCAGUUAUCCACAAACCUGGUUCCUCAAUAUGCCAUUGCAGUCCUUCAGUCCAACCUGUGGCCUGGAGCAUACUCCUAUGCUAUUGGCAAGAAAUUUGAUAAUAUCUAUCUGGGGUGGGGUCACAAAUACAGUCCAGAUAACUACACACCCUCGAUGCCCCCACCAGUGCAGACAGAGUACCCUAGUGGGCCAGAAAUCACUGAAAUGAAUGACCCUACUGUGGAAGAGGAGCAGGCACUCAAGGCUGCACAGGAAGAAGCUUUGGCUGCAGCUGAGGAAAUGGAUGAGAUGGAGGAAGAAGAAGAUGAAGAUGAGGAUGAUUAAAAUGCUACAAGAAUCAGAUUUGUAUAAAAGUUUUUCUAAAAAAUAAUAAAUAGUUUUAAUACAUUUAGUAUAGUAAC